AUGGCACUACAAGAGGACAAUAUUAGAAUAUGUUUUUGCAUUAGGAGUGCGAGAAGUGGCAUUAAAGAACAAAAGCAUGUGAAGCGUUUAGGGCCUAAGUUCCCUGGACACACCACUGCUGGUCCCGACACAUCUAUGGAAGUUUCAAGCUUCUUUCUUUUUUGGGGGGAGGUGGGUAUUUCUAUCCUUUCAUCAUUUCUAACUUUCAUUCGCUCCUCACCCCCAAUUCUGUCUUUCGUUUGCUUCUCUCCCCCUCACUUCUGGCUUUCAUUUGCUUUUCUCCCUACACGUUCACUUCUCUCCUCCCUCACCACACCGUCCGCCCCCCCUACUUCUAAAUUUUCGUUCGCUUCUUUCUCCCCCUUCCGGAUUUCAAUUCGUUUGUCUCUCUUCCGCUUUCAUUUGUUUUUCUGCUUUUAUUCUCGAUUUUUUUCGCUUGCAUUUUUUUUUUUUUUUUCAUUUCCUUCAUUUCUUUCCUAUUCGAUAAAUAUGAUUUCUUUGACUCUUCUCCCCCUCACUCUUUCAACUCCUUCUUGGCUGUUUUUUGUUUUUCGGGUCAUUUCAUCGAAUUGGCAUGUAGAAAAGGUUUUAUAUUUUCAUUGUUCUUCACUGAUUCUACGUCAGUACUUAGAAUCCAUUUUAAUAUUUUCUCUCGUUUUUCUCGCCGCUUUUCUCUCUUUCUCCCACCGUCUCUCUCUCUCUCUCUCUCUCCCACCCUCCCUCUUUCUCCAUCAUUUCUCUCUCUUACUGUUUCAUUUGUUCUUUCUUUCACUCUUAUUCUCUCUCUGUUUCUUGUUUCUUUUAUUUCUCCCCACCCCCAACAUAACUUCCAGCAACAUCCCCCUACCCCCGCUUUAA